AUGGCAGGCAUGGAGAAUGUCGAAGUGCAUAGCAAGCCUCACAAGAAAUCGCUCAACUUUGGCAUAUUCAAGCACCCGGGAAAUGCUACCGGCGCGACUCCGCAUCUUCCUUCCUCGGCGACCUUUGAAGCCGGACCCUCCACCCCGGGACUCGAAGUGCCCGCCACCACACGCGGCCGCGGCCUGUCCACGUCGAGAAACGACAGAACCGUCGUCUUAGAGAAGCUGUCCGCAAUCGGGCUGAAGCAGGUACAAUGGCACGGGAAAUGCGAGGCAGACCAGGUAUCGCUGGGGACCUACGACGUGCCACCAGGCGAGGGAGGCAUGUACGGACUCGUCUUCGACAACACCUUUUCCAAGACAGUCUCGAAACAGGCCACCUUUGUCCUCAUGACGUAUCCGACGAAUGCCGCGCCAAAGUCUGGUCAUCACAUGCGGUACGCGCAGGCAAGCGCCAUGGGAAGCUCCACCAGUCUCCCCAAGUCGAGCCCCUCCAUGGGCCCUGUUGAAUCGUCCGAGUCGUUACCCCAGGCACUUGCAGACCGACCAAAGACGCAGGCCGCGCCAAAACUGGGCAGCUUCUCCAGUUCCUCCUCGUUUCUGACUGGCGUGCUGCAUAAGAAGAGGAGAAAGAGGAACCAGGGCUACGCUAGGCGCUUCUUCUCGCUGGAUUUCACAUCUUCAACGCUAUCAUACUACCGAAACGACCAUUCUUCGGCUCUACGCGGUGCUAUACCAUUAUCGCUAGCUGCUGUUGGCGCAAAUGAGGAAUCGAGAGAAAUUUCCAUUGAUUCGGGAGCCGAGGUUUGGCAGCUGCGAGCGAGCAAUGCAAAAGACUUUAAAAUGUGGAGAGAUGCGCUAGAUCGAGCAUCUCGAGCUGCUACAGCCCAGUCAUCCCCAAUGCUUCAGAUCAAGGAUAGCCCAUAUCACAGCCUUCCGCACAUUUCCAAUCACGCAGAGGACAAUGAGUGGGCGAGGGCAGAAGCGUUGGUAGGACGAAUUGCAGGAACGAGAGAUGCAGUGCGGCGACUUGCCCAAGACACCGACCCCAAGUACAAUUCCACAGCUGGUCUAGGCAUCGUCAAACUGCAAGAUAGCCUCUCUCCCACCCCAUCAGAAUCCGAAUCAGGAGACUAUUUCCCUGUCGAUGCAGGGUCAGAGAAGAAGACGUUUUGGAAACGGAAAGCAAGCACUUCCGCUGCCCAGAGUCCUUCUGGUAUGUUUAGGAGAAGUGUAUCUGCACAAGUGGGCGUGGCAUCACCUGGGGCCAUACCUCCAGUUCCGCCUCUGCCGUCACACGUUCCUGGAAAUGGGACUUUGGCAGUUCCAAAACAUGCUUCCCGUCAGAGUGCCACUCAACAACCGGCAGAAGAAAACGUUCACGACAACUGCAUGGCCUUGUUGCGAGACCUCGAUUCAGUCGUGCAAGAAUUCUCCAAGCUCAUUGCUGAGAGCAAGCAAAGACGAACUCCGGCGCCUCCUUCGGCGACACCUUCACGCCAGAGUUUUGAAUCAUUCGAGUCUACUGAAGAGUUUUUCGAUGCACCAGAUGGAGACCCGAGCAAGUCGACUCUUUUGACCAUUCGUAGAGAUAGCGAAGAUGCGGAGCGACAACGCCAAGAAUCUCACGACGAUGAUUCUGAUGGCGAGUCUGAAUCCUCUUCCGGCCACAGCAGUGGCGUGGUAGAACGCGCUCGCUUCUCAAUCGACGCAGCACCGUCUCUUUUUCCGCAAAAGCCUGCAUCGCUCUCUCCUCUACCCCUCAAGCCUGUCCAACGUCGCGUCACAAUCCAGCCGCCAAAAGUUCAACCACCAAGUCUCGUCGCCUUUAUGCGCAAAAAUGUAGGCAAAGACUUAUCCACAAUCGCCAUGCCUGUUUCCGCCAACGAGCCCACAUCCCUCCUCCAACGCCUCGCGGAACAACUCGAAUACAGCGAACUUCUCGACGCCGCCGUGACCGCAUCUUCCGAAACAGGCGAGCGCCUCGUCUACAUGGCAGCCUUUGCCAUUUCCGCCUUUAGCAACGCGCGUGUCAAAGACCGCGCCAUCCGCAAACCCUUUAAUCCCAUGCUCGGCGAGACGUUUGAGCUCGUCCGCGAAGACAAGGGCUUCCGCUUCCUGGCCGAGAAAGUGAUCCAUCGCCCUGUGCGCAUGGCAUGUCAAGCCGAGGCAUCAGAGUGGACGUUUAUUCAGUCUCCCAUGCCGGUGCAGAAAUUCUGGGGGAAAAGCGCGGAAUUGAAUACCGACGGGCGAGUGCGCAUAUUUUUGCAUGCGAGCGGCGAGCACUAUAGUUGGGUCCAGGCGACGAGCUAUCUGCGCAACAUUAUUGCUGGGGAGAAGUAUGUCGAGCCGACUGGGAGCAUGACCAUCGUCUCCGAGACGACGGGCGCGAAAGCAGUCUGCACAUUCAAAGCGGGUGGCAUGUUUGCAGGCCGCUCAGAAGAUGUGUCGAUCCAAGUCUUUGAUGCCACGGGGAGUCCGCUAUCCGUCGGCGCGCAGGGAAAAUGGACGCAAAGCUUGGAGUUCACCAGUAAUGGACAACCGACUGGACACUCUGUGUGGAAAGUCGCGGGCCUCGUCGACAAGCCAGAGAAACACUACGGGUUGACCACGUUUGCCGCCGCGCUGAAUCAAAUCACUUCCAUCGAAGAGUCGCACAUCCCGCCUACAGAUAGCCGUUUCAGGCCCGAUCAAAAGGCACUGGAGGACGGAGAUUUGGACAAGGCUGAGGCGCUCAAAGCGAGGCUGGAAGAAAGGCAGCGAGCAAGGAGAAGAGUCAUGGAGGAGCACGGUGAGGAGUGGCGGCCCAAGUGGUUUAGUAAAGUCGAGGCGGUGGAACUGGGCGAUGAGGAGGUCUGGAGGCUAAAGGGUGGUAAGGAGGGGUAUUGGGAAUCGAGGGAGAGGGGGGAGUGGGAGGGGGUUGUGGACGUUUUUAAGAUGUAG